AUGCUGGUCAAUAAUACCCCCAAGCAACCAUAUCGUCCUGGCGAUGUCACCCCUAGUUCCAGCCAAGCAAGUUCAGAUGAGAAUUCAGCCAAGUCACUCGAUUUUGAAAACGAAAUACGUCAGUACCACGAACAGGAGGCGAGAGAAAGUGCGAGGAGAGACAGCCCUCCCUCGAUCUCCUUGUAUCCUGGGACCAGACCUAUCGUGUAUGAUUAUACCAGGGAGCGGCAGAACCCACAUCCUGCUAAUCUCGUAGAAUCAACUGCACACCUUGUAAAAGGCUGCAUGGGCGCUGGCAUGCUUGGCAUGCAUGAGGCGUUCAUGCAUGGAGGGAUAUGGACCUCGUUCGCCUGCACAAUUAUCAUCGGCAUACUAGUGACUUAUAUCAUGUUAAUGCUGGUAAGCUCAGUACAUACAAUGUACUCCAGGAUACGGGUCUCUCGUCUCUCAUAUCCGGAUUUAGCUGAAGCUGCCGUGGCUACUGGCCCUUCUAAGGGACUUAGGAAGUUUGGUAAAGCUUUCAGGUACACUGUGGACGUGUGCUUAUUCAUAGAAAUGUGUGGAACGUGUUGCAUUUUCGAGCUGAUCAUUGCUCGUACUCUGAAACAGGGUCUAGAAGGAGCCAUCCCAGAAAUGAAAAGCCAAAACUUCGGUAUCCGGAUAUACAUCUUGAUAAUAACUAUUCCUCUCAUCGUGUUAUGUAUGAUCAGGAGCUUGAAAUACUUGGCUCCAGUGGCCUUGGUCGCAAGCUUAUUUGUCACUUUCAUCGCCUGUGCAACAACAAUCUACAGCCUAACCUCCAUCGCGGAACUCAACAAGAGACCAGCCUGGAAGGACUACCACGGUUUCUUCCGCUUCCUCGGUACCUGCAUCUACAGCGUGCAAGGAGUCACCAUAACUCUACCACUGGAGAACAACAUGAGGAGUCCGCACCACUUCUCUACUGUGUCCCAGUUUGGAAUGUCACUGGUGGUGAUGAUGGUUGCUGCCAUCGGCUUGCUUGGCUACUGGGGGUACGGUGAACAGUGCGAAACUCCCAUCACCGUACAUCUGCCGCUUUUUGUAUCAACAGUGGUUUUGCAGUUUAUCCUUGCCAUAAUGAUAUCGGCUGUCUAUGCUUUGCAUUGCUGGUUAUCCUUUAGAAUAAUCUGGUAUUACAUUGGGAAAAGACACAGAAGGAAACGUGAAGUCUGGGAACGCUUCUACAAAGCCAUAAACGUUAUUCUGAUUUCGUGUGUGUCCUUGGCGUGUCCUGAUGUUAAUCUCAUGAUGAGCUUUCUUGGCGCUGUGAUCUGCAGUUGGGUGUGUUUCAUAUUUCCUGCAGCCAUAGACAGUCUGGUCACAUGGAGAGACUAUCGAAGCGUAUCCUUCUUUAAUCCGCCAACUAAUAGACAAAUGACGUGGAGAUUCUUUAGAAAUAUCUGCAUCAUGGUUUUCGGUGGAGUUAUAUGCUUAGGAGCAAUCGUCUCUUAUAUAUUGUGAAACCUUAU